AUGGCGUCACUUUCAUUAAGGCAAGUCGGUGUACUUAAACAUGCGGAAGCGGUGUCGCAAUCCUUCCCGUUAUGUGUCACAUAUGUUGAGCUGAUGAAAGGCGCAUACCUUUUCGCUUCGGUGAAUGCCGCGAAAAACAGGUGUACUGUGGAGUUUAUUUUGGACACCAAUAAUAAUAAUACUAAUGCUGCGGCUGCGGAUUCCACUUUUACCACCAACACCGUCGUGAUGGAUGCCAAAUCUCAUUCUUCAGCAGCAAGUGAGGUGGUGGAACAUGAAACGUUACUUGAAAAUCUUCAAAGCAGCUUUCGAAUACCAAAGUUCUUUCAGGUGCUGGAAGAAGAGGGAAUGAUUACGGCGAUUGAGCUUGCUUGUGAUUACCGAAAGGUAGAAGACUCUAGAGAAGUCUUACCUAAAAAGAAACGCGCGUUGGAAUCUACUUAUUUGCAUUUGUUUAUUGGAACAUCCAACGGGACAGUCUUUAUUUGCAAUGCACUCCGUGGGACAAUCAUGGCGCUGGCGCAGUUUCAGUACCAUGGAGUCUUUACACACAGUCAGCUUGAAAAGUCCCAAGGAGAUGAGACGCCACCGACGUGUCGGAAUGAAUCAGUCGUUCGUUUCGUUUUGCAUGGCACUGGGCCAGAUGUACGUUUCAAUGCAAACAUCGCUCAAAGUACCGCUUCUCUGCCGAUAGGGACUCUCCACGCGGUGUGCGUCGUCCACAGUAGGGGAAGGGUCGUAUUACUAAGUCGAAAUGUCCUUGACAUUUUCCUUUCUGUGGCAGAGCAACGUCUUGAUGGAAAACGCCCAUACUUUCUCUUGGAGUGGUCGCCUGAUAGCAGUAUCAGCUCAUUUCCUUCUGCUGGACCAGCUGCCCAUUUUGCCUCUUGCAUAGAAUCCGUCUUUAUCGUCUCAGAGGAAGAGCGGUACUCUGCCGUGGAGUUGCGGACACAACCGAUCACGUCGAAUAGUCCUAUGGGACGCAGUAUUCGUGAUGCAGCCUUCUUUUUUGGCAACCUUUCGGACACGGCGGCGAUUCUCCGCAAUGGCCCACAGGCCAUGGAAUCUCUUAUUUUGUGUGGUGAGGCUCCAGCACUUUCCAUGUACACCUUUGAAAGUACACGUGCCGCCUUUUCUGCACGGAAAACUGUAAGAGCUGUGGUCUCGGUCCUGGGUGGAAUGGCGCGGAGAAUAUGGCAAAGGUCCUCAGAAAAUGAAGAUAGGGGUGCAAUGAAACCGCAACGUUUAGCCAAGCGACAUCAACAAGCGAAGGAUGCUUUUUUUGAGGCUGACAUAGUGUUUAAUGUUGUCCAGGUGGACCCCACCUUUCAAUGGGCUGCUUGUUACAGUGAGAGUUCUGGACGUAUUUAUUUGUAUGACUUGAUGGGCGGUGCCCUCUGGCGGGUGAUGAAGGGUUGCCGUUCUGCUAAAUUUCAAUGGUGCGUAGCUACCAUUGCUGGAAAACGUAUGUUAUUGCUUGUUGUGCACCUACUACUUCGUUAUGCUGUGGAGGUGUACUCUAUACGUUUGGGAGAACGCCUGGCAGCUCGCCACGUUCCUCAGGGAUCCAUUCUGCUUCGUCCAGAAUCCGUCUCCUCUGCAUUGUCUAUCCUCCUACUAACGCCCUUCAGAGAAGUCAUACGGGUAAAUGUGGAGCUGAACGCGAAGAAGGAAGAAGAAAUUCCUUCUUCAUUUUUAUUUGCUGAUCCUUCUGCUUUACUGAAUGAGGGAGAAAGUUCUUUUAAGACGUUGCGGGAAAAAGGGUACCAAAUAAUGCCGCGAGAUAUUUUUAUAUCAGCAUUGCGUUUGCCGCUUCCUACUCCAGUGACAGACGAGAGGCUUUUCUCCGCCUACCGAUUGCAGAUGAAGAAAUUGGAGAAUACUGUAAAGAGUAAAUUUUCGCCUGGGGUAUCUGAUGAACGUUGUUUCCCUAUGGGUAUGGAUACGACAGUGGAGACUGUUCCACGUAACAUUACCGCGGCCCAAUGUCUGAAUUAUUUGGAACUGCGACUUGCUUGUGUGACAAAUUAUCAUCGGGCAAUGAUGUUGAGAGGGUUAAAUGAUGGAAUGCAGCAGCCGGGCAUGAAGGCGUCAAAGUUGCCAAAUAGCGAGGCUCUCUUUUCGGAGGAGGGGGAAUCGCAUCCAUCUCUUUUACAGGGAGUGAGUGCAGCAUCGGAGAUGCUCUUCAGUGGCGGUUUUCCAGAGUUUGUGCAUUUCUUGGAGGAUAUUCUUCCCUCUAUGCAACGGCUAUUGGCCAUGCAUAAGGACGCUCCACCAGAAACUAAUUUUACACAAAUUCCUUCGAUUCCUUUGGAUGCCUUUUUAAAACAUUUUCAUUGUGGGGGGUAUAAGUUGGAAUUUUUGCGUGACAAGAUGUGGGCUUUUGAGAAUGCGAGCGAUGCAGAGGAGGAUAUAUGGGCUGAGAUUGGGGCCGUAUUUUACAGCUCUGCUGGCCGUGGCCUCGGCUCUUUAUUGCAGCAGUUGGAGGUCUUUAGUGCAUUGGGUUUUCAAACUGUGGAUGUAGCGGUGAUUUCCCUGUCUUGGCUAUGUUGUUCUUUUGCCAGGCGGCCUACGUUGGCCUCUUUAGGGUCAUUAUCAGAUCUUGUUUUUUUGUUGAAAACGUGUAAUGACGCGGCAUUUCUUACGGGUGUGGAACAUGUUCCAUGUUUUACAACGGGAAUUGCUGGUACGAACUAUGGGGGAAAUGAAGCAUGCGUACUAUUGCUGAUUCUGUGCAUGAUCAUACGUCAACACGAAAAGCCUGUCGGGCAUGCUUAUUAUACUCGUUAUUUGCGUUUAUUGCGUCAAUUGUUGGCAUUUCGAGUGAUGCUUCAUUGCUGGAAGAGUCAACUUCAAGCAUCCAUCACGGAUUCGGGAAAAAAGUGUUAUCAAAGAAUACGCAUGUGCGGUUUGCUUCCAUGCGAGGGGGGUGAUACAUUGAGUGCGUAUUGCUUCGGAAUUUUCCCCACCUCUGUGGCUCAGUUUCUGUGUGAGAAUAUCAUGGGGAGAGACGAAAUGAAGAGGGCCCUGGGUGGGGUAGACAUGGUUGAAUUAUUCAAAUUAAUUUCUAUUAGGAAAGAAACGUUUGAAUUGAAUGUAGGGACCCCAUGGUAUAAGGAACGAACAUGGAGUCAUGUUGUCUUUUCAGAGCGCGUGUUGAAACCAAUUCUAUCUGUCACUGCAGCUCUCAUGCCCAAAUCGCCUCAAGAACGGCCAUGGAUUCACACAGCAACGCCACAAGAGGUGGCAGGAUUAGGUUUGAUCCUUGUGGUAGAGUUGAUCCUCCUUGAGUGGGAAUUGGAACCUCUUCGUGAGGAGCCUCUGGCAUUUAUUCAGAAGAAUUUGGCCCCAGAUGCCAACCUCUUUGAGGGGAGUGACGAUCUUGUGAAGAGUCUGGCGCGGCGUCCAAAGGGAAGUCGUUCCACGCGUGAUUACUUUAACAGUUGCCGCGAACUUUUAACACUGGCUCAAGGCGUUUUGGCUGACAUUGUGGGGGAUGCGAGUAACUUAGAGAGUUGUGAGAAGGUCGUUGAGGCGUGGUCUUCAUUGUUGUCCUAUGACAACAACGCACUUUUCGCACAUGUGCCUCUUCUCAUGCGGCAACAGCUUGAACCUCUCAUAAAAUUGUUUCGUACCAGUCCCGAGCCGUUAGUAGGACGUAUUCGUGAAGUCUCCUCUUUUCUGGACACCAUUAUGUUUUUUGCCUUUACGGAGGUCGGCACCCAACUUUCUUCCGUCGCCUCACCAUCCGCGUCUCUCUCAGUUCCGUGGGACUCCAUGUUUGACGCGAGGGAGAGAAUGCUGCACCUGCGCCCGGAUGGCGACUUUACGGAGUUCCCGGAGAGGCAACAGAUGGAGACUAAAAUGCAAAUGCGUAGCUCAUUCCUAAAAGAGUUUGCCUUUAUGAAUUAUAGGAGCACGUAUACAGACGGAUCUGGUGAACGUGUUGCACAAUUGGGAGAGGCAUUGGGACUAAAUCGUAUUGUUGGCGAUAUAUCCCAGCUUAUUCUGUUUGAUGCCGCGGCGCGUCAUUUAUGUUCAAAUACAGAGUUGCAUCGUCUACGGAACGUUGUAGCAAGUCGCCAUUUGGCUGCUCGCAUAGCUGCAGCAGACUUUCGGAUUAUUGUCGCCAGUUGCUUGAAGUACUACAACGAGUUGAAAAGAGGCAUUCCAAAAGAAAAUCGAUUGGAGAUUCAAAGGGUCGCACUGAAAAUCAAGAGCAUGGAUAGUGCAAUGACGGAGGAGUGUCGCUCUUGGAUACAGAUGGGAGAUGCAAAAAAGGGUCUUGACACGAGAUUGGGAGAGGACGUGACGUCAAGAUCGCCUCUUGAACAUGAAAUAGUCGCGUGCCCGAGUUGGUACACCUUGAAUGAUAUUCGCGCCGUUGAGCGUAGGGUGAAGGAGCGACUACAACAGCCGCGAAGCCCCGAAGCAUUCUCUGAUUUCAACGCAGUUCUCUUCACUUUGGCAUGUGUUGCUGCGGAGGGGAGAACUGAGUUGGAGGGAGUCGCACGUCGAGUCGCCGCAGAACUCCCCGCGGUUUCAAGCCGCCUUGCCAAUUUGCUCUGA